GCUUUUAUUCACAAAAAGUCUCAACUAUGUCAGUGGUUUUAAAUUACAAACUGAAAUAAAACAUGGCGAUCAGCACGUUUGUACAAUGUAUUCUCUUGGUCUUUGUUGUCAUUACUUUUGGUGUUUCUGAUGUAAUUAGUGGGGAAUGUUGCAAAGGUUACAAAGACAUUACUGGAGACCUCCAUUCUUCACAAUGGUGCUCAGAUUUAUGCUGCAUCAACCCCUUGGGACUUACCUACUUCUGUUGUAAGAACAUCCAUCUGCAGGCACCAGAUAACAUGAGAGACAGUUUCUGUAUCCAAUGGUGGGCUGCACAUUUAUACGUUCCCAUUCUGAUUGGUGUAGGUGUACUUCUCAUCAUGGCUGUCACGUGCUGUUGUUGUUGUUGCUGCUGCGGUUGCUGCAGACGACAAAGACCAGGAUUCAUUGUACAAAAUCAGCAGCCUGGUUCAUCUGUAAUAGUCCAGCAGCACCCAAACACCAAUCAAGAUCCGUUCCGAACCGGAUAUGAUCAAUAAUGAAUACCGGAACAAAGAAUCAUUAAAAGCUGAAGAAUCAAGCCAUCAUGAUAGAAUAAUUAAUUAUCAACACAGGAGUAAAGUCCUGCAUUGAGCAAAAACCAAUGUAUUAUGCUACCUUCCAGUGAUUAAAGAAUUUUGAAUUUUUCCACAAAUGGACUCAAAAACAUUCAUUUGUAUUAAAACUAAACAGUUUAUAGACUAACCUGUAUGGCUGAAAUAUAUAGCAACAAGUUGAUGUUAAUGUAAAUGUUAAUGUAAACAAAAAUAUUAAAACAUUCGAGUUAUA